AUGGCGCGAGGAUUAUGGCAUUUACACCCAGAGGUCGCGGUGGAGACCGUGGAGGAUCGAGAGGAGGAGAUCGAGGUGGAUUUCGUGGAGGCAGAGGUGGUGCGCCUCGCGGUGGCAGUAGAGGUGGAUUCGGCGACCGAGGAGGUAGAGGUGGAGGGCGAGGAGCACCAAGGGGUCGUGGCGCCCCUAGAGGAGGCGGCCGUGGAGGUGGAAGGGGAGGAAGCGCAUUUGGCGCAAAAGGCGGCGCAAAAACUAUUAUCGCAUCCGGGAGUCUUCGUCGCUCGUGGAAAGGAAGACAUGCUGGUAACGAAGAACAUCACACCAGGAGAGUCAGUCUACGGGGAGAAGAGAAUCUCAGUGGAAUCUAGCGCAACAACUGGUCUUACAAACGGCGACGCUGCGCCAGCCACCAAGACGGAAUACCGUGUCUGGAAUCCUUUCCGCUCCAAGCUUGCCGCAGGUAUCCUCGGAGGUCUUGAUGAGAUCUUCAUCCGCCCAGGCGCGAAGGUCCUCUAUCUGGGAGCAGCAAGCGGCACAUCCGUCUCUCACGUUGCCGAUAUCGUUGGCCCUACAGGCACAGUCUUCGCGGUCGAAUUCUCCCACCGCUCAGGUAGAGAUCUCAUCAACAUGGCCACACACCGCACAAAUGUCAUCCCAAUCAUAGAAGACGCCCGCCACCCUCUCCGCUACCGCAUGCUAGUAUCAAUGGUCGACGUCAUAUUUGCCGAUGUGGCGCAGCCUGACCAGGCUAGGAUAGUUGGGCUGAACGCCCAUCUAUACCUGAAGGUAGGGGGAGGAGUCGUGGUCUCAGUCAAAGCCAACUGUAUCGACAGUACGGCAGCCCCAGAGGCCGUUUUCGCGAGGGAAGUUCAGAAGCUGAAGGAAGAGAGGAUCAAGCCAUUUGAACAGUUGACAUUGGAGCCUUUUGAGAGGGGAUAUGUGAAUGGGAGGUGA